CCGGUGCCGCCCGGUGCCUCCCGGUGCCGCCGCUGUCCGCCCCGCUGCAGGGACACCCCCGCCGCCCCAUGCGCCCCCCGGCGCGCUCCUGACCGCCGCCGGCCACGAUGCGGGCCCAAAUCCAGGUGAUCCCCUGCAAGAUCUGCGGAGACAAGUCCUCGGGGAUCCACUACGGCGUUAUCACCUGCGAAGGCUGCAAGGGUUUCUUUCGGCGGAGCCAGCAGAACAACGCCAGCUACUCCUGCUCCCGGCAGAGGAAUUGCCUGAUCGACCGCACCAACCGCAACCGCUGCCAGCACUGCCGCCUGCAGAAAUGCCUGGCCCUGGGCAUGUCCCGCGACGCGGUGAAGUUCGGGCGCAUGUCCAAGAAGCAGCGGGACAGCCUCUACGCCGAGGUGCAGAAGCAUCAGCAGAGCCAGGAGCAGAGCGGUGGCACCAAGGAGGAGCCCGAGCCGCUGAGCCGAGUCUACACCACCAGCGUCAGCAGCGGGCUCUCGGACCUGGACGACAUCUCCACGCUGUCGGAUGGGCUCCUCUUCGACUUCCCCCUCACUCCCGAUGGCAGCAGCACCUACUACAACCUCGACCUGCUCGCCUCGGCGCAGCCUUCGCCCGACCAGUCCAGCCUGGACGUGGCUGAUGCCACCCUCAUCAAGCAGGAGUCUGUCUACGAGCUGAUGCUGGAGCCGGGGCUGUUCGCCCACGGCGGGCUGGAGGGCGGCCAGCUAGCUGCCGACAUCUCCGUCCUGGAGAUCGACCGGGUGGCCCAGAACGUGGUGAAGUCGCACCUGGAGACGUGCCAGUACACAACGGAGGAGCUCAAGCGCCUGGCAUGGAGCCUCUACUCCCCCGAGGAGGUCCGUGCCUUGCAGAGCAAGAGCUGCGAGGCCAUGUGGCAGCAGUGCUCGCUGCAGAUCUCCAAUGCCAUCCAGUACGUGGUGGAGUUUGCCAAGCGCAUCGACGGCUUCAUGGAGCUGUGCCAGAACGACCAAAUCAUCCUCCUGAAAGCUGGUUGCCUGGAGGUGCUCCUGAUCCGCAUGAUCCGAGCCUUCAACCCCUUGAACAACACCAUCCUCUUUGAGGGCAAGUUUGGUGGCAUGCAGAUGUUCAAGUCUCUGGGCUGUGAUGACCUCAUUGGCGCCGUCUUUGAGCUGGGGAGGACCCUGUGCCGCCUGCAGCUGUCGGACGAGGAGCUCGCCCUCUUCACUGCUGCUGUCCUGCUCUCCCCGGAUCGCCCGUGGCUGACGGAAUCCAAGAAGGUGCAGAAGCUCCAGGACAAGAUCUAUGUGGCCCUGCAGCACGAGAUCAGGAAGAAACACUCCGCUGAGGACAAGCUCUCAAAGAUGGUUUCCAAGCUGCCCUUGAUGAAGACCAUUUGCAACCUGCACUUGGACAAGCUGGAAUUUUUCCGUCUGCUGCACCCAGAGACCGCCAUGAACUUCCCACCCCUCUAUAAGGAGGUCUUCAACUCAGAGCUCCAGUACAGCGACCCACGGGAGAGCUAAGGCUGGGAGCCACUGGCCCCCUUCCAGUCCCCCCCCAACCCUCCCCAAACAU